AGAUUCUAACUCCAUAAAUCUCUUUUCUUCUUCUUCUUCCUCUUUGGGUUCUUGUCUUUGUUUCUCUAAAAUGGCCCAAGUUGAGACCAUCUGCAAGAGCUCCAUUCACGACCCACUCAACUGGGGGAUGGCGGCUGAGUCUCUCAAGGGAAGUCAUCUUGAUGAGGUUAAGCGUAUGGUGGAAGAGUACCGGAGCCCAGUGGUGAAGCUUGGGGGCGAGACGCUUACCAUUUCCCAAGUGGCAGCCAUUGCCACCCGUGAUUCUGACGUCGUGGUGGAGCUGGCCGAGUCAGCGAGAGCAGGUGUCAAGGCCAGUAGUGAUUGGGUGAUGGAGAGUAUGAAUAAAGGGACGGAUAGUUAUGGUGUCACUACUGGGUUUGGUGCCACGUCUCAUAGACGAACCAAACAAGGUGGAGCUCUUCAGAAGGAGUUGAUUCGAUUCUUGAAUGCUGGGAUUUUUGGAAGUGGGGCUGAGUCGAGUCAUACUCUACCUCACUCAGCAAGUCGAGCGGCGAUGUUAGUCAGAAUAAAUACUCUCCUUCAAGGUUACUCUGGCAUUCGAUUUGAGAUCUUAGAAGCCAUUGCUAGUCUUCUCAACCACAAUGUCACUCCCUGUUUGCCUCUUAGAGGGACAAUCACUGCUUCUGGAGAUUUGGUCCCUUUGUCAUACAUCGCUGGAUUACUCACUGGGAGGCCAAAUUCCAAGGCUAUUGGAUCUAAUGGUGAAACUCUUGAUGCGAAGGAAGCAUUCAAACAAGCUGGUAUUUCUUCUGACUUCUUUGAGUUGCAACCCAAGGAAGGUCUUGCUCUUGUCAAUGGUACUGCUGUUGGUUCUGGAUUGGCUUCCAUCGUUCUCUUUGAGGCAAAUAUUUUAGCUGUUUUGUCAGAAAUUCUUUCAGCUAUUUUUGCUGAGGUAAUGCAAGGAAAGCCUGAAUUCACCGAUCAUUUGACCCAUAAGCUUAAACAUCACCCUGGUCAAAUUGAAGCAGCUGCAAUCAUGGAGCACAUUUUGGAUGGGAGUUCUUAUAUGAAAGCAGCUAAGAAAUUGCAUGAAAUUGAUCCUCUCCAAAAGCCCAAGCAAGAUCGUUACGCUCUUAGAACUUCACCCCAAUGGUUGGGUCCUUUGAUUGAAGUCAUUCGAUUUUCCACAAAGUCAAUCGAGCGAGAGAUCAAUUCGGUUAAUGAUAACCCUUUGAUUGAUGUUUCAAGAAACAAGGCAUUACAUGGAGGCAACUUUCAAGGAACACCAAUUGGAGUUUCCAUGGACAACACUCGUUUGGCUAUUGCGUCAAUUGGAAAGCUCAUGUUUGCCCAAUUUUCAGAACUCGUCAAUGAUUUCUACAACAAUGGUUUGCCUUCUAAUCUUUCUGCGAGUAGAAAUCCAAGCUUGGAUUAUGGGUUUAAAGGUGCUGAAAUUGCCAUGGCUUCGUAUUGCUCUGAGCUUCAAUAUCUUGCAAAUCCAGUGACAAACCAUGUUCAAAGUGCUGAGCAACACAACCAAGAUGUUAACUCUCUUGGUUUAAUUUCUUCAAGAAAAACAGCUGAAGCCAUUGAUAUUUUGAAACUCAUGUCGUCUACAUUUUUGGUUGCACUUUGCCAAGCAAUCGACUUGAGGCAUUUGGAGGAAAACUUGAAGAGCACCGUAAAAAGUASUGUAAGUCAAGUAGCCAAGAAAGUGUUGACCACAUCCUCUAAUGGCACACUUCACCCAUCAAGAUUUUGCGAAAAAGACUUAUUGAAGGUUGUCGAUAGGGAGUACACUUUUGCUUAUGUUGAUGAUGCAUGUAGUGCUACGUAUCCAUUGAUGCAAAAGCUAAGGCAAGUUCUUGUUGAGCAUGCACUCACAAAUGGCGAUGACGAAAAGAACACAAACACUUCAAUCUUCCAAAAGAUUAGUGCUUUUGAAGAGGAACUUAAGGCAAUUUUAUCAAAGGAAGUUGAAAAUGCAAGGUUGGCAUUUGAGAGUGGAAAUGCAAAAAUUAAGAACCAAAUUGAGGAAUGCAGAUCUUAUCCAUUAUAUAGAUUUGUGAGGGAAGAGUUGGGAACAAGUUUGCUAACAGGUGAAAAAGUAAUAUCUCCGGGAGAAGAGUGUGAAAAGAUAUUCACAACUUUAUGCCAAGGAAAGAUGACCGAUUCUAUCUUAGAGUGUUUGAAAGAGUGGAACGGUGCUCCCAUUCCCAUAUGCUAGGUUCUUCGACUUGUCAAAGGGAUGCACCUGCCCUCGUAA